AUGGAAAAAAUAUCAAAGUGUAUAUUUGAGUCAGAAUAUGCUUUUACAGUUUCUAAAGCUAUUGUAGCGUCUGUGGCAAUAAAGCUGGCUUACAUCUUAUACUCUGUUUUUUGUAAAAGCCAAAAUGAUACAGACAGUUGGAAUCGUGAAGGAUUCAAAGAAAUACCUUCUCCUCCUGAGAAAUACCCAUACUUUGAUACUAAAGCAAUUAAUACAUGGCUCUUAAACACAAAAGGGCAUAUACUUUCUCUAGGAAACAUGCCUAGCCUCCAGGUUGAGAAAUGGCACAAAGAGCACGGUCCAAUUAUACAUCUUAAUAUGGGAACCGCACAUUGGGUUUUUAUAAAUAAUCCACAGAUUGCUCAUGAAGUGCUUGUGAAAAAAGGGGCUGUCACAUCUGAGAGGCACAACCAUAAAUUUGCAUACAAUAUGUACAGUAAGAAUGGCAGUGGCAUUGUAUUCAACAGAACUGGGAAGAAGUGGAAGAAUUCCCGAAAUAUCGCCAACUCGAUCCUUUCUCCACAGAAUAUAAAUCGAAUUACAGGUGGCCUCGAACAAUCUAUUGAUUCUAGCCUUGAAACUUUAAAAGAAGAAUCACAAAAGAACGAGCCGGUCUGCCUAUUGCCCUACCUAGAAUUAAUUACUUACGGCGUUAUAAUCAAAGCAGUUUUUGGAAAGGAUGUGGCAUCUAUUGACGACCCUCUUCUUAAGAAGUUCAUUUACAUUUCACGGGGUGUAAUGGAGCAUUCUGGACCCAAAGGAAAUAUUGCAUCGGUUUUGCCUGGAUUUUCCUGGAUCUCUCGAUUAACAAGUGUGGAAAAAGAUAUGCAUGCAGUUGUUAACAUUAGGGACGUCUCUGUUAAAGAGCUGCUAAAUGACGCAGUUUCUGGAGAAACAGACUGCCUGGUCAAACAUGCAUUCUCCGUCAAGAAAGAGAAUAAUCUGAGCGAUACAGAUAUAAUUGUAUUAGCAUGCAAGUCUCGAUAA